AUGCUGCUGUACCUCCUUGCGCAUGUUUGGGCAUGGCGCUACGUUAUAUUCGUCGGCAUCCGGUGCGCGGAUGGGUUUGUUCUUCGACGGUGUCCUUCCCUCGUCUUAGGACGCCCGAAGACCAACAGGCUGUUCGCAGCCCCGAACGACGCUCAGCCGCCCAUACCCGCUGCAGCUGACAAGGAGGUGGCGGAGAAGUUGGAGAAAGAGAUUCAGGAUAAGAUCGCGAGGUACAUGGCGCCGAUGGAGGCUAACAACAUCAAGGGCAUCGACCAGAAGGUGCUCGAUCGAAAUUUCGGAGAGCUCUACUCAGUGGAGAACAUCAAGAAACGAGAGCAGCGGAACGCCAGGAAGGUGCAGCUGGAGCCGCCGGAAGUACCGCCGACCGACAAGCUACCGUACUUCGUCAACAUGCAAAACCCCAAAAAUCCGCUGAGCGCGGCACAUGUGGAUUAUGUGGGCGAUGUCAUCGCACAUGGGCAACUAGAUCCGAGAUCAACUGUGUUGCCGCAUGCAGUGUGCGUAGGCGUGGCAGAGCAGCAGGGUGCUGUUGCGGAGGAUCGGCAUGGACACCUCGGGGAGGAAACGGCAUGCGAGGUGAAGGCUGAUAGUGCCGCCGCACAAGCAGGUGAAAAUGUAGUUGUCGGGGGGGCGCCAAGUUCGGGUGCCGGAGUGGAACCGUCUCCAGAUCUUGACAACGUGAGGCAGGGCAGGUCGACCCCUACAGGUGAGUCGGAACCGGAAAAUAUUGAAAGGCUCUCAGGAGGUAUCACAAUGUUCAAAAACACGUAUGAGGAGUUGCUAGAAGGCAAUAGGACAACCGAGUUUGUCGGUGACCCGCUGGACCCCUAUUUUGAGGCUGCGGCACAGCAGGCGUCAGACGACGAAGCCGAGAGGGUGGACUCCGACGAGGAAGAGUUGGAGAAGCAGGUUUGGUACCGCACCAAGCCGCUGAGACAGCUGAUGCCGAAGGAAAUGGCUGAUGGAUGGUCUGUACUUCCCUGCGGCCGCAUAUACAAGCACCUGCUGAGGCCCUCUCACGAACCACCGGACAAGCAGCGCGUACCGGGGCAGGAAACUUACGUGUCCUUCGGUUUCAAAAUCGCGGACGCAUUCACGGGAGAAAUUUUGGUGGAGGCGGCGGAUGCGGAAAGUGAAGGCAUCGUGACGCAGCUGAAGGAGCUCUCACCGCCCGUGCAGAGGAUGCUCGCAUCCAUGAAAGUAGGAGAACAGGCUGAGUUCGUGUGCCCCGCUAUAGAGCUCGGUCUGGAUAAGCUGGAUCGUGAGGGCAUGCCGCCGGUGGAGUGGGUCAGAGUGUGGAUGCACACCAUAAUGAUGCACGAGCGCGGGGAAAAGUGGUGGCACCUCAGCCCCAUCGAAGCUUCCAAGUUCCCCACUGCGAAACCGUACGAGGACCGUCGCACCAGAAUGGAAAGGAUCAACCUCAAGGCGGAUGAGCUGACCAAGCAGAUCGAGCACGAACUAGAAAACAACCCAACCUCACCGCUCUGGGAUGACGUGAUGCAACGCCUGAACGAGCAACAGAAGGCGUCGGUAGUCGAGCACUUCGACCAGAAGCUGGAGUGGCAGGAGCGCAGGAAGUGCGCGGAGUUCUCGGGGUCCAGGGGGUUUGGAGACACCAUCAAGAGCACCGGGCAGGUGAAGGGGUACGACGUCGGCCGGAUGUCGGGGGGCUCAGGGGGGUGCUACACCUGGCACGAAACGCCAUUCUUCAUAUAUAUCGCAGUGCCCGUGGUCCCCGGAGUACGUGCUGAGCACGUGAACUUCGAGUUGGGGCAAACGCACCUCACGCUGAAGGUCGCAGGGAAAACCAUCAUUGACGACGACAUCACGGGGCCCGUGGUAACGGACAUUGCAACCAGUUGGGCAAUGAGCGAAAAGGCGAUGGAUUACGAGCCGCUUCCGCCAGGCCACCCAGAGCUCGAGGACCCGGUGCUCAAAACGGAUCGCGACGACGACUACCACAGCAUCGCCAGGGAUCCGGCCAUCAUCAUCGCACUAAAGAAACGGGACAAAGUGUUGGGGGAUUGGGGAACGCCAUUCCUGAAACAGAGCGGGGUCGUGCGACGCGUUCACCAGACAGUAGAAUUCACACUUGAGCCGGUCGAACUUCGCAGCGAGUUCGCGGCAAGGCGACUCCAACGCCAGCAGGGCAUCCGCCUGUUCCACGGUCUGCAGCACGUCGAAACCCAAACCGAGCACGCUCUCGCGUAG